CCUUGCUCCACAUAGAAAACACGGCAUUUUGUUAUCCCGUCCCUUGCUCCACACCGAAAAAUCGAUCGACUGUUUGGAAUUGUCUUCUCAGGACAAACAUGUGAAGGAAAUUGUCUUGAAAGCAAUGGGGCAGGCAAUCAAUUCAUAUGACCAAGGAAGGGGUCGUGGUAGAGGCAGAGGGAGAGGGCGGAGUUGGGGCAGGGGUGGAUACUCAAACUAUGGAAAUUAUCAAGAUAACGGUGGAUACUCAAACUGGGGCAGAGGUGGUGGGCGAGGAAGAGGUUGGGGUUAUCGUGGUGCUGAUUAUGAAAGAGAUAGAGGUGGUGGUGGUGGUGGUGGUAGAGGCUAUAGCAGUGGCCGUGGAAGGAUGGGCGGUGGUCGAUCCAGGGAUGGUGGCUACUAAAGCACAAUCAAAGGACGCAUAAAGCUUGUGUUGUUCCCCCUUUUUAAGCUAGAUGCUUGCCUUGGUCGGUGGGAAAUUAUGGAAGUAGGUGUGUUUAUAAUAGCGUGAGAUUGUGGGUUAAAAUCUCAAGCAUUAUUAAGCAGUGGUUUUGUGUUUCUGCCUGGCAUCAUAUAUGGAUGAGGGAAAUGUUUUUAUUUCGCAUUUAGCCAAGGCCAAGAGGAUGGGUUUAUGAUUUGUGCUAUAUUUCAAGUUUAUAUGUAAAUAUUUGAUUUCUUUAUUCCUUUGACC